AUGGAAGAUUUCAACGAAAGUGAGCAGAUUGAACUUAAGGGUGAUGUAGCCAUCAAGUUUAAAGUUCAGUCAUUUAACUGUUUAGUAUAUAAAGAAAGUGUUCCUGUGAUCAGGAAACCAGUUUUGCUCAAAAACGACCCAGUGAUAGGAUUAACUGAUAGUUUAUUGAAGAAUCCAACAUCCACAGUUUCGAAACUAACAUUUCCAUUCCUAGUUAAUAUUUAUAGUACACAAUUUCAUCAAUUAGAUCAAGCUCCUCCACAAUGCCCAAAGUGUGGAGCAUAUUUAGUCCAAGAAUCGUUUAAUAAUACUAUCCCAGCAUCAUGCCCAUUCUGUGAACACCCUGUUUCCUGUCAAAAUUCUCAUAUUUGCAUUCCAAAUCACCAUCAAGAAGGAAUCUACAUAUUUGUACUAGUUGGUGAUGUUAACCCUGCGUUUUAUGACAAGAUUAUGUCAUUCAAACAGAAAUUUGUUCUUUGUUCAUAUUCAGAUCACUUAACAUUUUUGGCCAAAGCAAAGAAUGGUUAUCAACUCCUGGAGUGCUUUGACUCUGAAAUGCCACCAUCCAUUAUUUUAAGCGAUUUACAGCAGGCUCCAACUCAAUUUCCAAAAUCCGAAAUCAGAAAAUCGAAUUUCAAUGAAAUUUUAGCAUGUAUCAAUACAGCGAUACCAAAUACAGAAAUAGCUCGUCAUAUUAUCAUAGUUAACGAGCUUCCUCAUACAUGUCCAGAAUAUUUUGAUCUUAAAAACGCAACAUUAAGCGUUCUUUCGACCAAUAGUUUCAGAUGCAAAUGUAGAAGCAUGUGUCCAUUAACAGGAGGGCUUUUCCUGCCUCAUCAUCACUCUUUACCUGAUUAUAUAACUCAUGUUAAUAAAAUAACAUUGAAAGCAGUUGGAACCAGCAUAGAAAACAAUAAUAUGCAUCUUACAGCACCAGGAUUCUAUUCUGUUAUCAAUGGAAUGAGUAUUUCCUCAUUAACUGAAAAAACAAUUCAAAUUAUUGUUGAAAGAGCCGGGUUUUCUUUUAUUUCUACAUUUUCUUUGAAACCUGUAGAAGGAUUACAUAACUUCCUUUCUAAUUCCCAGCUCGUUCCCUUCUUAAUUUCGUUGAAUAAUUCACCUUAUACGAAUAUCAUUAAGGAGUACACGAGAAAUACAUCAGUAAUUGAAUUUCCAUCACAGUUAAUAUAUGCUCCUCAUUUCUCUUCGUAUUUUAGAUACCAAAUUAACUCGAUUAAUCGAGUUUUAUCGUGUAGACCGUUUUUAUUACAAAUCAAGCCUACAUUGAGAGUUCCACAAUUCGUUUCUGAAGAGAUAAUCUCGAAUUUAUCUAUUCUUUUGAUCCUUAUCGAUUAUACAAUUUAUAUCUUUGUUGGAGGCGAUGUAAAGAGAAGUGAUUGGAGAGAAAUCAUUGGAGAAGAGCCAGAUAAUGCAAUGAUGUCGUUCGAAGUCUUAGACAAAGGUUUGGAAAACGAUCUUUGGAAAUCAAUUAGAUCUAUCAAGGAACAGUUCAUUGGAAUGGAUAUUCCUGUCAUUGCUGUGCCAAGUGAAAGUGGCAGAAGAUCAGAAAUCAUUGAAGAAUUGAAAGUUGAUUCUGAUGGUAGCAAUAACUUACUUCUGAAGAAGUUUGGUGAGAUAGCAUCAGCUAUUGCAAACAUUUAA